GGGGCUGGAGCUUGGGGGAAGGGAGGAAGGAGGGAUUUCUUGGGCCUUCCUGCUCCUCCCCACCUCUGGUCAGGACCGGAAAUGAGGUCACAGAGGGAACCCCCCGCGGAGAGACGGGGCCCAAACUGCGGUGGCCGUUGACUGGGGCUGCGGCAGCUGACGUGGCUUCAUGGAUGAGCUAGUACAUGAUUUGGCCUCAGCCCUGGAGCAGACAUCUGAGCAAAAUAAACUAGAUGAGCUGUGGGAGGAGAUGGCUCUGAGCCCCCGACAGCAGAGACGACAACUUCGAAAGCGGAGGGGUCGGAAGCGGCGUUCUGAUUUCACCCACUUAGCGGAGCAUACCUGCUGCUAUAGCGAGGCCUCGGAAUCCAGCUUGGAUGAGGCUCUGAAAGACUGUCGGGAAGCGGCUGCAGUCACCAACUUCAGUGACUCUGAUGACACAAUGGUGGCCAAGCGACACCCCGCUCUCAGUGCCACCCUAAAGAGCAAGCAGCACACAUGGCAUGAGUCAGACUCCUUUACUGAGAAUGCGCCCUGUAGACCAUUGCGGCGGAGGAGGAAGGUUAAGCGAGUGACCUCAGAAGUGGCUGCCAGCCUCCAACAAAAACUAAAGGUGUCAGAUUGGAGCUAUGAAAGAAACUGCAGGUUCAAGUCUGCCAAGAAGCAGCGGCUGUCGCGUUGGAAAGAGAACGCUCCCUGGACUUCAACAGGCCAUGGGUUGUGUGAGCCUACAGAAAACAGGACUUUCCUUAGCAAAUCCGUCAGGAAGGAGAGGAUGGAGUGUGAAGGUGAUGAACAAAAACAGGGCUCUGAUGAGAACAUGUCGGAAUGUGAAACCAGCAGUGUAUGUAGUAGCAGUGAUGCGGGUCUUUUCACCAAUGAUGAAGGUCGUCAAGGGGAUGAUGAACAAAGUGAUUGGUUUUAUGAAGGUGAAUGUGUCUCAGGAUUCACAGUCCCCAAUCUUCUCCCCAAGUGGGCACCUGAUCAUCGAUCUGAGGUAGAGAGAAUGGAUGCAGGACUAGACAAACUUUCAGAUUCUACAUUCCUUUUGCCCUCUCGUCCAGCUCAAAGAGGAUUCCAUUCACGCUUGAAUCGGCUCCCUGGAGCUGCUGCCCGAUGCCUCAGAAAAGGACGAAGAAGGCUUGUUGGAAAGGAAACCAGCAUGAGCACUUUAGGGACUGAGAGGGUAGGCCACAUAAUUAGUGAUCCACGUCAGAAAGAAAAGAACAAAGCGUUGGCUUCUGAUUUUCCCCACAUUCCUGCCUGUUCACAUGAGUUCAAUCCCCUUUCUCCCCUCUAUUCUUUGGAUGUUCUUGCUGAUGCUUCCCACCGAAGAUGCUUACCAGCGCACUGUUCUGCAAGACAGGCAAAUGUACACUUGGGACCACCAUGUUCAAGGGACAUAAAGAGGAAACGGAAACCUAUGACCACAGCAUCUCUGUCCAGCCCAACUGCAGCUUUACCUGUUCACAUGGACGAAGUGGAAACAAUCCCACCAUCAUCUCAGACUCAGAAAUCUCCGAAUUCUGAGUGGUCAGUCCGGACCUAUGCAGCAGAGAAAAUCACAGGGCCAGCUACAGCGACCUUUUUUAAAAUGCCGCAGGAAAAAAGCUCUGGAUGCAGCUAGAGAGGCAUUAUGCUCAUCAAGUAUUGGCUGGAUUUGUUAAAAACAUUUUAGACUUUGGACUAUACUGUCCCAGCUAUCUUAUUUGGCAAUACCUAUCGUCAUUUUCAGCGCACUUAUCUUCAAUCACAGCAACUUGAUCUUUUUAUUGGAAAAUCAUGCCUAUGAUUCAUUUUUUAAAAAGUAUUAACAUGUUGGGGCAGUUGAAAAAAAUUCUUGCUAUGCUGUAUUUAUUAUGUUUAUCUGUCACUGCUGUCCCAACAUCUAUCUACAACUACUUUUACAGAGCUGUUGCUUUUUUGCAGAUGUCUCUUUGUUGUUGUGAAACUGGUGAUUGCUUUUGCAUCUUAUUUUGUGGCAGUGCUGCCGAUAUCCUUUGAAGAAGAGCUGACUUUCAGCUAGCUCCAGGCAAGUGUGAGAACUGAGUUUAAGACUAGCAUGAAAUUGACUAGGAGGUAGGACACCAAAACAUGAGACUCAUUUCAAGUUUGAGACUUUGGAAUUUUGUGUUUUGGUGGUUUCAGUACAGCAAGGCUCCAUCAAUCAUGCUGGAUCUUAGGAGAGACAUGGGCCAAUAACUUGGGCCUCAGAAAAAGUUUAUCUAGUAGAUACCUUAAUAUUGUUCAUGAUUAUGCUAAUCAUUGCUUUUUCUCCUGUGUUCUUUUCUUGAGUAAGAAAUCCCAUUAAACACAUUCAAAUUGGCAUAAUGAAGAUAAUUUAGGUGAAAAUAAGCUCUACGGUAUCUAGUAAAAUAUUUUUAAAAAUUGCAUUUCCCAAGUCAAACCCUUCCUUAAGCAGUCCUUUUAUCCAUGUGAGUUAUUGAUCUUUCAAGCCAAUAACCUUAAGCUUAUCUGUUGCUAUAACAACUCCUUUGGGCCAUCUGUUUUUUUUUUUUUUUUUUUUUUUGAUAAAAAUUUCCAUGGUCUCCCUUCAUUCUUGAAGCAUUGUGAAGAUCUCUGGUCAUACCUGAGGUUAGUUGCGAUGCUAUCAAUAUGAGGGAGAUGUAGCUAAUGGGAACUGCUAAAGGGAGGCUGCCAUUUCCUACAGUAGUAUUAGACCACAUGUUUUAAGGGGCUUAACGUAAAGGUGCUCACUUUGAGUACUUUAUACUGUGAAAUAUGUAAGAGGAAACUGUAAAAGAAUGAAAAGUCAGUAAAUUGAUUGUUUUAUGUGCAUACUAUGUACACAGUAAAUUCUAUAGGGACUCUCACACAUCGCUGAUCAUUUUCUAUACUACAGUAGAUGUUGAAGGGAGAUAAGUGCUCCCAUUUCCUGAAGCUCAGAAGCUUUUCUAGUAAUAGAAAUUAAGGAACUCCCUAACCUUUUCAAUCAUAUAUUUGAGAAGGGUUCAGGGCCCAGCUGUUUUCUUUUGUCCUCCAUAGAAGUAUGUGUUGUCCAUUGUGUUCAGAUACAAAGAUGAAGUAGAUGAUGCAUCUGACUCACUAUUAAGAGGGAGCAUACUCUUUGUGUUUCCAUAGUAGUAGUACUGGCUUAUGGCCUUUUUGUUAACUGAUAUAUUUAAUCAGUGAUGGAUUUGUGGCCAUAGAAUAUUAUUUUUCCUUGUACCAAGCCCACUGUCUCACGUGGGCAGAUGUGUAGCUGAUAGAGUACUGGACUUAGAAUUGGGAACACCUGUGUUUGAAUCCUGCCUCUAAUGAUUUACAAACUUCAAAGUGGUCUUUCUACUGUAGGUUAAGCAAAACCAUUGGCUAUCAGUGUUAUUAUGAUUUAACUUGCAAAAGGAUUGGCUUAGAUAACAGAGGUGUUAAUAAUUAUGUUGACCAUUAUAACCCCUUUUUGGCUGGAAAUUAAAGACUAUGUAUCAACUUAUUUACCUUUAACAAUAUCCCAGUAAGGCAUAGAGAGCCACAGAACUUUUAAGUUGACUAGCCACUUAAGCAACCUAAGAUUAAAUUUUAAGUUUCUAAAUUCUUGGUCCACAUGUCUUGACAUUAGAUCAAAAUAGUCUUUGAUUAUAGUCUGAUUAAUCUCUACUUUGCAGUAUAGGCAGGGGACACGGAGUUGAGAGGUGGGGUCUUCUUUCUCUUACAUCUUUGAUUACUUUGUACUUGCCAGUAUGUAGAGGCACCUUAUAUCCUGAUUGCUCUCAAAUUUUCAGUGUAUUAUUUGGAUGAUGUAUAGGGUUUCCCUCCCUUCUUUCCAAUGCCUUAUAUUCCUUGUUAAUAUAGUUUCCCAUUGACCAGCCCAGUUUGCAGAUUGAGAGCCAAAUUUACAAAAUGAUGUGCCAGGACUGCAUAUCAAAAUGUUUGGUUUGGGGAUAUUCUUGUCUGCUCGUUUGAGUACUUGUUAUAGGUGGUACUCAAUAAGAUGGAAAAAUAAUUUGUACUUGGGAAAAUGAUUUAUUAAGCACAGUGGGGGGAUGCAAAUUGUGCUCCUUGACUUAGGUGCUGUAUUUGCAUGCUUAAGGAAUUAUGAAUAUUGACCAAAUGUCUUUUUUGUGAUGCUUUGUUCUCCAUAUUCUUUACAAAUGGAUUUCCAAAGGAUAUUAAUCCUGAGUAUAUUUUGUUUUUUUGUUUUUUUUCAUUGUCCUUUCUGUUAUAUCAAGGUUUUAAGAAAUCAAUCACAAGAUCCUACAAAGAAUUUUCGGAAAAACACAAUAUUUUAAAAUCAGAUAAUCAGCAAAUUCUUAGAAAAUGUGGGACACUGCUUCUUGAGCCAGACCUUUAGCCUAGUAAAUAUUUGAUUUGCACAAAAGAAAUAACUCAAGCUGAAUCCCAUAGUUUAUAUUCCUUUCAGAUUCUGGUAAAUACAAAUUGAGUGCACACACUGUCAUUAUAUAGCCUAACUAAGGAUCUUGAACAUUGUACUUUUAGUGGGCCUUUUACUUUCAGAUUUACAUCUAACUGAAGACUUCGAAGGGGGUUUUUAAAACUAGCAUUUUAAAGAAUUUUUUUAUUGUAAUAUUAAGAAAACCAUUCUCACAAUUAUGUAGGUAAAAAGAAAAAAUUGUUAUCCUUUUAAAAAGAUGUUAAAUAAUGUUUUAGCUAGGAAGUAUAUCAGACAGCCUUAAAUUUUCAAAUCUAAAUGCUUCUUAAAAUCAAAUGUAUUAUUGUCAUAAUCAAUAUUCUUCUGUUGGAAGGUGAAAGAGACUGCACCUAAGCUGUUCUAGUGGGGAAAUGACUAGUCUAAAAUGAAUGCCUGCUGCUUUUGGUCCCUCUCACAUCCAAGCCUUACAAUUAACUAGAACUAAAAUGCCAUAGUAAAGUAGGAGUGUAUAUAGGCAUUUAGUAUUCAGUGUUAGAUGUUGUUGAAGCCAAUGAACUAAUAGUUUUUACAGUGUGGGAAUAAAAGUGGAAUCCUAUUAGAAAAGGGGAUUUUGUAGAUGAGAGAACAGACUCCAAAAGUUAAAGAAUGAAGAUAGAAAGAUAUAUGUGGUGAUCACAGAGAUGGAGAACUAACCAAGACUUAAAAACUAGACAAAUGGAUCAUGCAAAUGAUGUGGCCAUAGUUUUAAUACUACCUGUUUUCCAGAAGAUUGCUUCAAACAUAAGAUAAUUUUAUUUAGAUCCUUUCUACAUUUUGGUUUGUCUGAUCUUCGUUCUCAGGAAUAGACAAAUCCAGUCAGUACUUUUAGGGGUAAAAGCUGAAUUUAAAAAAAAAAAGAUUUAGUAGUUCCAUGUUCUUUUAUAGCAUUAUUUAGUGUAUCCUGUCAGACCUAUGAUAAGGAUAGGGUGGAUAUAGUUUUGAUGAUAUUAUCUCAGGGAAUGAGCUGCCUUAUGAGGUAACACAUUUUCUGUCAUUGGAAAAAAGCAAACAAACAAAUUCUGUAAUUCUGAGAAUGUGUGUAUUAUAAGUAUGAGUUUGGGGGGCAAGGAUGGGGAUUCAUGCACUAGAUGACCUCAAAAGUUCCUUUCAAUUUAAGAUUAUGUGACCCUAUAGGAAUUGUGUGAAACAGAGGAAACAAUUUAAUGUUGCUAUCAGUAAACCUCAAGUCAUUUGAGGACUAAAUAUAUAUAUAUUUUUUGGAUGUUGGAAUUUUGGGGGAUUAUAAAAGGGCUUUUUACUACAAAUGUGUCCUUUCUCCCCACUCUGAUAGUUACUGAUUCAGAGAUGCUUUGUUGUAGAAGCAAAACUCUAGCAUGAGUCCUCAUUCUUUUAUAAAACAAUAGCAAUGUGGGAGGGUAGGGAGAGGACAUCAGGGAUUAGAUGAAUAGGGGUUAACUCUCAACACCUAAUGAAACAGAUUAUAUGGAAUUCAUAACACAUAAAAGUCGUGUCAAUGAAAACAUAGAAGAAAAGUGAACAAAGGUGAGAAAUAUCAAGGAUUAUCUUUUUCCAAAAAGAAAGAAAAAAUCCCCUCAAGUUUCUAAUAGACAACUGAUGAGAUUAUUACUUUGGAAGUCGAGGAUUACCAAUAUUUUGAAGAAUAAGAAUCUGAAGACGUGCCUUAAGAGGAAGGCGUAUUUUCAAGGGUAGAGGCCUAACCAAUAAAAUUUAACUAAUUCUAGAUGUUACCUAGAACACUGUGGUAUUUCUAUACUUUAUUUUUUAAAUUAAUUUUUACUACACAUUGCUUUAUGAAUCAUGUUGGGAGAGAAAAGUCAAAAGAGGGAAAAACCAUGGGAGAACAAAAAAAAAUAAUUGAACACAGCAUGUGUUGAUUUACAGUCAAUCUCCAAAGUUAUUUUUCUGGAUGCAGACGGUGUUUUCCAUCCAAAAUUUAUUGGGAUUGCCUUGGAUCACUGAGCCACUGAGAAAAAAACCAAGUCUUUCAUAGUUGAUCAUCACACAUUUUUGCUAUUAACUGUGUACAUUGUAUUCCUGGUUCUUCUUGUUUUGCUCAACAUCAACUCUAUACUUUUAAUUACAUGGACUUAACCUUGGUAAAAACGAUGAUAAUGUAUCAGAUUUCCUUUGUUGCUUUUUUCCCUCACUUGUUAAGGAUUAGAAUGAUCCUCUGGAAAUUGCUUUCUAGAUGAGAUAAAGAUAUGAAGAAAAUGAUAUCUUUACCAUGUCUAGAUUAAAAGAGGUAAAACAAAAUAGAUUAUUACACUUUUCCAAUAGUUUCAAUUGACUUAGUUGAUGUAUGGGAAUUUUUUAUUGUAUUAAAAAUCCCAAUAUGCGUUGAUGUUAGAUGAAUGAUUCCAGGAUUUUUUUAUGUAUAGACCAAAUCAUGAUUUAAAAUGCUAUUUCCAUUUGCUGGUAUGAUGAGGUUUCAGUUUAAUAAACAUCUGUUAGGCAUAUAAUGAAAUAAAAAGCAGUGUGACCCCUGCCCUUAAAGAA